GCGGGUGUGCUAGGUUUCAAGGGAGAGAGAAGCUGCGAGGGGAAAGAAAGAAUGGCCGGCGGUGGGGAGGGAGGUCCUUUCCGUUUCCGCCCCGCCGUGGUCCGCUACGCGGCGGACGAUCCCUUCUUCGAGGACGGCGACGUCCACCGGCAUAUGUACCUCCAAGGUCUCCUGGAGAACGUCACGAGGGACACGGAAAGGCCCAGAACCUCUGAAUUUUCUUGCCAAAUUGGUGGAUGCAGCCAGGUUUUCAACACCUUGGAGAGCUAUGAGCAUCAUUACAACAUGCUGCACAGGAAUGUGUGUUCUUCUUGCAAAAGAGCCUUCCCUUCAACACAUUUGUUAGAUGUUCACAUUUUGGAGUGGCAUGAUUCCCUCUUCCAGAUAAUGGCAGAGAAGCAGAAUAUGUACCAGUGUUUGGUAGAGAGCUGUCCAGAGAAAUUCAAGAGCAGCAAAGACCGCAAGGAUCAUUUAAUCACAGUUCAUCAGUAUCCAUCUGAUUUUCGCUUUGAUAAAUCUCUGAAAGCACAAAGGAAAGAGAAAAUGAGGCCUUCAUCAAAAGAAAGCAAUGUGCCAAUAGAUAUGACUGUGGAAGACUCAGAACAAUCACAUGUUGAGGCCAUGGAAAUAGGUCCAGAUGAGAGUAUAAUGGAAAGUGACUUUCAGGCUGAGACAGAGUGUACUGUGGACUCUCCAGCAUUUGGAAAACAGCUCUAUAGAUCAAGAAUUCCACCCACUAUUUGUUUUGGGCAAGGGGCUACCCGUGUCUUCAAAGACAGAAAAAAGAAAAGUUGAAUAUGACAGCCAGGAGGAAUUUCAUCAGCAGAAAAGUGCCUUAAAACUAGAGCAAAGCUCCGGCUUCAUUUACUAGGAAGUCAGGGAAACGAACAGAGGCAAAGCUAGUUAAAUAUUGGAACUGAUUCCCGUCCUUCCCAAAUGGAGGUAUUUUAGUAGGAGCUGCAAAAUGCUUCUGACCUGGUUGUUGUAGUCCAACUCCAUUUAAAGUGUCAGAAAUAAAGGUAAAGGUUUCCCCUG